GGGAUUUUUAUCCCUCCGGUUUCCAUCUUGGCCUCUGUCGUAGGGUAACCCUGCUUCUCCCACCCAACUUCUCCUUUGGGGCGGGGACUAACCAGAUCAUUCCUCCCGGUCCUGGUCCUGGGAUAUCCUACCCACGCGCAGCACUUUGCCGUGAAAUGCACGCAGGCGGCCGAGACUAUGGGGGACAGGCUGGAAGCCUGGGACAGGUCGGGGACAUCUGCAAACGCCGGAGAAGAGGUGCCUGUUCCCCGCGCCUAUGCGCGCCGCUGGGUCUUCCUGCUGGCGGUCAGCCUCCUGAGCUGCUCCAACGCGAUGCUAUGGCUCAGCUUUGCACCUGUAGCAGACACCAUUGCACAGCACUUCUUCCUGUCCAUGGAGCAGAUCAACUGGCUGUCACUAGUCUACCUUGUGGUAUCCAUCCCAUUUGGCAUGGCAGCCAUCUGGGUUCUGGACUCUGUUGGGCUCCGGGGAGCGACUAUCCUGGGUGCAUGGUUGAAUUUUGCUGGGAGUUUGCUACGUGCUGUGCCCUGCUUGGAUGUCAGGAUCCCUAAUCCAUUUGCCUUCUUCAUGAGUGGCCAGAGCCUCUGUGCCUUGGCCCAGACCCUGGUCAUCUCUUCUCCAGCCAAGCUGGCUGCCUUAUGGUUCCCAGAGCACCAGAGAGCCACAGCUAACAUGAUUGGCACUAUGUCAAAUCCUCUGGGCAUCCUUGUGGCAAAUGUGCUAUCUCCUGCCCUGGUCAAGAAGGCAGAAGACAUCCCCAUGAUGCUUGGUAUCUACAUUAUCCCUGCUGCCCUCGCCUGUCUCUUGGCCACUGCCUGCCUCUGGGAGAGUGUGCCUCCUACUCCGCCAUCUACAGGGGCUGCCAGUUCCACUUCAGAGAGUUUCCUCCAUGGCCUCAAACUGCUCAUCCAGAAUAAAGCCUAUGUCAUUCUGGCCAUAUGCUUCGGUGGUGGCAUUGGUAUCUUCUCCAGCUUCUCAGCCCUACUGGAACAGAUCCUUUGUGCCAAUGGCUACUCCAAUGAGUUCUCAGGCCUCUGUGGGGCUCUCUUCAUCGUGUUUGGGAUUUUGGGGGCACUGCUUCUAGGCUUGUAUGUAGAUCGGACCAAGCACUUCACUGAAGCUACCAAGAUAGGCCUCUGUCUGACUUCCAUGACCUUCGUAGCCUUUGCUCUGGUGUCCCAGCUGCAGGGACAGACCUUUGCGUUGGCUGCCAUCUGCUCCCUCCUGGGGCUCUUUGGCUUCUCGGUGGCACCCGUGGUCAUGGAGUUGGCAGUUGAAUGCUCAUUUCCUGUGGGUGAAGGCGCCUCUGCUGGCUUGAUUUUUGUCCUGGGGCAGGCUGAGGGUGUGCUCAUCAUGCUGCUGCUGACAGCGCUGACCAUGCGGCGAACGGGUCCAUCCUUUUCUACCUGCCGGCAGGGCGAGGAGCCUCUAGACUGGACAGUGUCUCUGCUGCUGAUGGCUGGCCUGUGUACCGUUUUCACUUGUGUUUUGGUGCUCUUCUUCAACACUCCAUAUCGGCGCCUGGAGGCUGAGUCUGGAGGGCCCCCUUCGCCCAGGAUAUGUGCCAGGGAGCCAACGAUAAUAAGCUCCACCCAAGUGCCAUCCCUUGAGACGUCUGGCUUAACACCUCCAGCUGGGGCCUUGCAGGAAGCUCCUUGUCCUGCCUCUCUUCCCAAAGGACAAUCAGAAUGGGCAGAGACAUCUGGUAAAGCAGAGACUUGCUAGGGUCUGAUGGAGAAAGAGGCAGAUGCCUGGCCCACCAGAAUGUUUUCUUUCCCUAGUGCUAUGUUUAAGUAAGCCAUCUAUGAAAGGGGCUUAAGACAGCAAUAGAUGGACGGUGCCUCCCUGGGUAAUCGAGGGCCGAAUAGCAGGAAGAACCUUUCUCUUAGUUAUUCCAAAUGACUCUGCUCAGCUGGGCGGUGGUGGCGCACGCCUUUAAUCCCAGCACUCGGGAGGCAGAGGCAGGCGGAUCUCUGUGAGUUUGAGACCACCCUGGUCUACAAGAGCU